AACAGAGGGCGUCGGGCCCCUCCGGGCUGGAGAUGCUCCGAGCCUGCGCCUGCCCCCUCCGGGUCGGACUCGGGAGAGACCGAGGGGUGCCUCCUCCUGGACGGCGGCAGCGGCGGCGCGAGGAGCCGGCCGGCAGCAGCGCGAUGGGACCCCUCCGGGAGACCAAGAAGGAGCAAAGAGUGCAGCAUCAUGAGAAGGAGAUUUCCCGAAGCCGAAUUCCCCGUUUGAUUCUUCGGCCCCAUCUGCCCCAGCAACAGCACAAAGUGUCCCCAGCCUCUGAGUCUCCCUUCUCGGAGGAGGAGAGCCGAGAAUUCAACCCCAGCAGCUCUGGGCGCUCAGCGAGGACCAUUAGCAGCAACAGCUUCUGCUCAGAUGACACCGGCUGUCCUAGUAGCCAGUCAGUGUCUCCUGUGAAGACGCCCUCAGAUGCUGGAAACAGCCCUGUUGGCUUUUGCCCUGGAAGUGAUGAAGACUUUACCAGGAAGAAAUGCACAAUUGGAAUGGUUGGUGAAGGAAGCAUCCAGUCAGCUCGAUAUAAGAAGGAACCCAAGUCAGGCCUUGUAAAGCCAGGUAGUGAAGCUGAUUUUAGCUCCUCGAGCAGCACGGGCAGCAUUUCCGCUCCUGAGGUCCAUAUGUCUGCAGCCGGAAGCAAGCGGUCCUCUUUUUCACGCAAUCGAGGUCCCCAUGGGCGGAGUAAUGGAACUUCAUCAUACAAGUCUGGCAACAGCCCACCCUCCCCCCGGGAAAAGGACCUUCUGUCCAUGUUGUGCAGGAAUCAGCUGAGUCCUGUGAAUAUCCAUCCCAGUUACGCGCCUUCUUCCCCAAGUAGCAGCAACUCUGGCUCCUACAAAGGAAGUGACUGCAGCCCAAUCAUGAGGCGGUCUGGAAGGUACAUGUCCUGUGGUGAAAACCAUGGUGUCAAACCCCCAAAUCCAGAGCAGUAUUUGACUCCCCUGCAGCAGAAAGAGGUGACGGUGAGACACCUGAAGACCAAGCUGAAGGAGUCCGAGCGCCGACUUCAGGAAAGGGAAACGGAAAUUGUGGAGCUUAAGUCCCAGCUGGCCCGCAUGAGAGAAGACUGGAUUGAGGAAGAGUGCCAUCGGGUGGAGGCCCAGCUGGCCCUCAAGGAAGCCAGGAAGGAGAUUAAACAGCUCAAACAGGUCAUCGAAACUAUGCGGACCAACUUGGCUGAUAAAGACAAAGGCAUUCAGAAAUAUUUUGUGGACAUCAACAUUCAAAACAAGAAGUUGGAGUCUCUGCUUCAGAGCAUGGAGAUGGCACACAAUGGCUCUCUGAGGGAUGAACUGUGUUUGGACUUUCCCUGUGAUUCCCCAGAGAAAAGCUUAACCCUAACCACCCCUUUUGGCAAGAUGGCGGAUGGGCUGUCUCUGGAAGAGCAGAUCAUAGAGGAAGGGGCCGACAGCGAGCUGCUGGUGGGAGAUAGCAUGGCCGAUGGCACAGAUUUGUUUGAUGAAAUGGUGACAGCCACCACCACAGAGGCUGGCGACCUGGAGCUUCUUCAUUCCACCCCCGGGGCAAAGGUCCUUGAGAUGUUCCCCAUGGUGGUGGAUCAGGAGGAGGGCAGUGUGGUGGUGGAGCAAGCCGUACAGACGGAUGUGGUGCCCUACAGCCCUGCAGUCUCGGAGCUCAUUCAGUAUGUGCUCAAGCUCCGGGACGCCUGUCCUUCGAGUUCAGCGUCCCCUGAUGAGUCUGUGGCUGACUCGACAGAAAGCUUCCCGGAAUCCAUCUCUGCAUUAGUGGUUGAUUUAACUCCAAGGAAUCCAAACUCUGCCAUCCUUUUGUCUCCCGUGGAGACCCCAUACACCACGGUGGAUACGGAAGCUCAUGAAAACCGCCUCAUGAGAGAGCUGGAUUUUGCAGUCUCCACGGAAGAAAGGUUGGAUGGCAUCAUCCAGCUGCCUCGGGGGAGCGUCGGGAGGCAGUAUUGGAGCAGCAGUUUCCUGGUGGAUCUCCUGGCUGUGGCUGCCCCCGUGGUCCCUACCGUUCUGUGGGCAUUCAGUACUCAGAGAGGGGGAACAGAUCCCGUGUACAACAUCGGAGCCUUGCUCCGGGGCUGCUGCGUGGUUGCCCUGCAUUCCCUCCGCCGCACCGCCUUUCAUAUCAAAACCUAAAUAGAAGUGGUUGUUUCCGUGUGCCAGUCUGUCCCGUGUGGCAUUGUGCCAGGUGGAGAAACAGCAGAUCGACCUAUGGCAGUCUCUCUUCUGUCGUUUUGCUCCUCGGUAUUUGAUUUGCACUAUAUUUAGUUGAAGCCUGUUCACUGUCUAAAACCAGAGGUAUCUUCAAAGGCAUGGAGACCUGGUUCAAGUAAAUGUCCACCAGUGUGGUAUAGACAGCAUGCUCAUGACCCUGCCGUGUCGUCUGAGGUACCCGUUCUCAUCCUAGUGGUUCAGGAAGAGAAAAUGCAAGGUUUGCACUUUCCAGACAGCUUCUGUAAGGCUGGCAUGUUAUCUCCUUGCUUUGCUUUAUGCCGUUUUAAAAUGUGUAAUUGUUCCAGCAUUCCAAUGGUCUUGUGCAUAGCAGGGGACUGUAACCAAAAAUAAAAAUGUAUCUGUGUCAUUGGUUUGAAGAAGUCUUGACUAGCUCUUUAGUGUCUUACUUGGGGUUGAUAAGGUUUGAGUGUUUGCAGUUUUUUACUAAACGUAGCUCCAGAGUCUUAAAAUGGCUUGUUCUUAAACCUGUUAAUUGAUGAAACUGUAUGUAAGUUUACAAUGUAUUAACUUAUUUUUUGCUUAUUAUAUAUAGUGUUUUAUUGGAAAUUGUUUGUAACCACGUCAGCAUGGUGAAAAUAAAGAUUAGUGUUUCCAUUUAAAUAAAUGUCUUAUCCCCCUUAAAA